AUGACGGACAACGGCGACGAUAAGCAGGAAAUCGCUGACCUACGCCAACAACUGAACGUCCUACAACAAAUGCUCCAGAAUCUGCACUCAACUGCAAAACGAAGCGUAAUUAAUUCAGUGCCGGCUCCCGAAGCAUUUAGUUUCGACAAAAACGAAUGGACGGCAUGGCUAACGCAUUAUGAACGCUACAGAAUAACGACAAAGUUGGACACAGCAGACGAGAAAGUACAAAUAAAUAGUCUUUUGCUCCACAUGGGCCAGAAAGUCACGAAGAUUCUCGAAACGAAAAAGAAAGACGAGUAUUCAUUCGACACGUACGCAGAGGCGAAACAAUUUUUUACUGGCUACUUUGUUGGAACUACAAAUAUAAUUUAUGCAAGAGCCAAGUUCAAUCGGAGAAACCAAAAAGAAGGUGAGUCCGCACAAGAAUAUAUUACUGCCAUUGUUGCUCUAGGUAAAGACUGUAAAUACGGACAGUUAGAGGAUGAAUUGGUUCGUGACCGACUUGUAGUGGGCAUACGGGAUCAAAAAUUAUCCGAGUCACUACAAUUGACUGAAAAAUUAACCCUAGAAAUGACGGUAAAUAAAAUUAUGCAAGCUGAGACGAUCAAAACAGAAAACCAAGAGCUCAGAGAGGGGGUGCAUAUAGGCGCUGUCAAGAACAAAAAGCCACAAAAGCAGAAAAGUAGUCGAGAACAAAGGAAUCGACCAGAAAAAAAGAAAAACAGAAACAAAUGUAUGCGCUGUGGUAAAGAACCAAGCCAUCCCAGAACAGAAUGUCCAGCCAACAACCAAAAAUGCAGAAAAUGUCGACUGAUUGGUCACUAUGGGUCUGAGUGCCGAACGAAACGAAUUAAUGAAAAUGUACAAGCAGAUCAAAGUAGCACUGACAACAGUGACUAUGAGCUUUAUCGAAUUAUUAAGGUGAACAGAGUGCAGCGAUCCAGCCGGUUUCGCAUGACUCUCAACUGUGGUGAAAUAAAAUUAGUCUUUAAACUUGACACAGGGGCUGAGGAAUCGGUCAUAACCUCAAAAGACUAUGAAGAGAAAUUAAAAAAUCAUUACAGAUUGAAACCUACUCGAACAGUAUUAGCAGGUUUGGGCCAAAACAGAUGUCCCGUGCUGGGCAAAAUAAAAAUUCGCUUAGAAAUAGGUGGGAGACAAGAAGUCAUUAAAGCCUACGUCGCUGACACGAACGAAAACCUUCUGGGUGAACCAGCUUUGCUGAAACUACAGAUCGUACAGCGGUUGGGAAACGAGAUAAAAAUGAUCGAUCAAGUGAGGCUAGAAAAUAAGCGAUCAACCAAAGAAGAAAUUCUCGCAAAAUGGCCUGAAGUAUUCAAAGGUUUGGGGAAGUUACACAACUUUCAGCAUAAGAUCUGUGUUGAGGAGGGCGCAGUUUCAUUCUCCAUUGCGACACCCAGGAGAAUACCCCUUCCGUUAAUGAAGCAAGUGGAAAAAGAAAUAAACAAAAUGGUGACACAAGAAGUGAUCGAACGUGUGGACAGUCCAACAGAGUGGUGUGCACCUAUGGUGGUAGCACAAAAGAAAAACGGUAAAGUACGUGUGUGUGCAGACUUUACGCAAUUAAAUCAGUUCGUGAGACGCGAACGGUAUCAGCUCCCAUCAGUGGACGAAACGCUUGCCAAAUUGAGGGAAGCCAAGUUAUUUUCGAAAUUAGAUUUCUCUUCCGGGUUUUGGCAACUGGAAAUUACACCGGAAUCACGAAAAUACACCGCGUUCAUAACACCUUUCGGAAGAUACAUGUAUCGAAGAAUACCUUUCGGUAUAACAUCGGCUCCAGAAAUAUUUCAAAAAACACUGUAUGGAAUAAUACAAGAACUUCAGUCUGACUGGAUACACGUGCAUGCUGACGAUAUUCUAGUCACGGGCAGAAACAGUCAAGAACACAAUGAAAAUUUGGACAAAGUGCUAACAGUAGUGAAGAAACACGGUUUAACGCUCAACAAAGACAAAUGUGAAUUCAACAAAUCAGAAACCUCUUACUUGGGAUAUGUUGUUGGAGCGGAAGGUAUCAAAAUUGACCCAAAAAGCAUAGCAGCUAUUCGUGACUAUCCAGCACCCAACAACCCAACAGAAGUCAAACGAUUUCUUGGUAUGGUAAAUUAUGUCGCGAAAUUUAUUAGCAAUGUUGCCGAGAAAACCAAGUAUCUACGAGAGACGAUAAAAAACAGCACGUCAUUUGUAUGGACAGAAAAACACGAGGAAGAAUUCCAGAAUUUAAAGGAAACUAUAGCAUCAGCUCCCGUAUUAGCAAAAUAUGACGUCGACAAACCAACACGAGUCGCAGCCGACGCCUCAGCAUUUGGAAUUGGAGCUGUGUUGGAACAACAGCAAAAUGACGACAACUGGAAACCAGUGUACUUUUGUUCCAAAACCUUAAGUGACGCGGAGCAACGGUAUGCUCAGAUCGAAAAAGAAGCACUCGCAGCCACGUGGGCAUGCGAACGGUUAGAGCAAUUUCUCAUAGGAUCGCGUUUUUUAGUGCUAACGGACCACAAACCGCUGUUAGUGAUAUUAACGACGAAAGAAAUUAAUAAACUCUCCAACCGAUUACAAAGACUAAGAAUGCGGUUGUUAAAGUUUAAUUAUGAUGUGCAAUACGUCCCGGGAAAAACAUUCCAUGUACCCGACGCGUUAUCUCGCGCACCUCUACACGAAGGCGACCGCGACGGCGAUUCAGCGCUUAAGGACCAGGAAAUAUAUAUCAACGCAGUGUUGACAGAACUAUCAUCGAGUUCCUGCUCAGAAGAGGUGGUACGGAAACAUCAGGAGGAAGAUCAAGAAAUGCAACUAUUGAAGAAAUUUGUAGUAGAAACAUGGCCAGGAAAACCACCUACUGCCGUGACACCAUACUUUAAAUUUCGUAACGAAUUAAAAAUCCACAAUAACCUAAUCUGUUAUAGAGAUCGCUUAGUAAUUCCCAGGUCCCUCCGCAAGCAAUGUUUGCGAGUACUACACGAUGGACACCUGGGCACGCCCAAAUGUCUGGAAAAAGCGAAGACAACAGUUUGGUGGCCUGAAAUACGCCGACAUCUGAAGGAUAUGGUUGAAAACUGCGAGACUUGUAUCAAGCACCGCCAGCCUGUAGUCGAGCCAAUGAUCCCUUCCACAGUACCAUCCCGUCCGUGGAAAGUCCUAGGUGCGGACCUCGCCUACUACAAUGGAAAGAAUUACCUAGUGGUGCAGGACUAUUACUCGAAAUACCCUGAAAUUCGCAAGCUGAAAAAACUGACUAGCUUAGAAACAAUAGAAUAUCUCAAGGACAUAUUCUCGCACCAUGGAAUUCCGGAAGAAUUAAGAAGCGAUAACGGUAAACAGUUCGACAGCCUCGAGUUCAGAACUUUUGCCAAGGACUACGGAUUUCGAUGGGUGAGCAGCAGCCCGGAAUUCCAGCAGAGUAAUGGACAAGCAGAAAGUGCAGUCAAACUAUUGAAAACCAUCUUGAAGAAGAACGAGGAUCCAUUUCUGGGCAUGCUGGCCUACAGAAAUACUCCCUUAUCCUGCGGAGCCUCCCCAGCCCAGCUGUUGUUUGGCAGGCAGUUACGGGACAGGGUGCCAGCAAUAAGCAGAAGAUUGGUACCAAAGCUGCCAAACCAUCAAGCAAUUAGGAGAGAAAUGGAGGCAGAAAAACAACGACAAAAACAUCACUACGAUAGACGGCAUCGCACGAAAGAUAAUGCGGAGCUGAAAGCUGGUGAUCGAGUGUGGCUUAUUCAUCGAAAAGAAGAGGGAAUGGUGCAGACGCCAGAUGAAACACCAAGAUCAUACUGGGUAAAGACUCCUCAUGACCAGUGGACAGUUGUCGAAUUUGAUACGAAGGAAAUUUCGACAGUACCAGUUGCAUGGCUUCUACAGAAUGAGAAUCAACAAUGUUGCAUGUGGCCCAAAAGCCACAUCAGGAAACAUAUUACAAAACAAACGAAACCGGCUGAUGACUGGGAAAAAUGGCCCAUAAUAACGUUGCUGGCAUCACCAGUUUCUUAUCACGAGGCAAUAGCGUAUGAAAAAAAGAAGGAAGAAGAAACCUCAGACACGUCCGCAACAGACAAUGAGAAAACAUUGAUUAUGAAAAGGAAGAGAAAACGAAAGAAAGAUCCUGAGUUUACCUUAUACGAUGAUGACGAUGAGGAUCAAAAACAUCAGAAUGCCCGCUGUAUCUCGCCUCCCCCUAAAAUUUGUGUAAGGGAAGAGGAUAUAUCUUUCUCGUCUUGCGCGACUGAUGAUACCUCACUUCGGAGCGAUUAUCUCAUGUUCAAAGCUCCUCUAGGAGAUGUUACCAUAGUAUGGGACAGCAACGAUGGAGACGGCAACCAACCACGAAUCGAUGGGUAUGGGACAGUGACGACGGAGACGGCAACCAACCACGAAUCGACGAAUAUGGGACAUGACGACGGAGACGGCAACCAACCACGAAUCGACGAAUAUGGGACAGUGACGACGGAGACGGCAACCAACCACGAAUCGAUGGUAUCGCUUAAUUCGACAGACUUAAUGCCUCCGCCUCCUCUUAUUGCACCAACGCCGGAAAUAAUACAAGAUGGAGUUUCAGAGGUCAACUAUGUCAACUUACAAGAUGCAGAGAUUGUUUAUGACAAUGUUUCUCAAAACGAGGAUUUAUAUACCGCAGGUAUUUAG